CUCGAUACCCUCUUCCCCCGAUUCCUUAGACGCUCCUUCACCUAAGAACCGAGCUUCCGACGACCAAGGGCCGACGACGCCUGCCAUCCCCCGUCACGAUGGCAUCCACCGACUCAUUCAUCUUCCACGACGACGUCUCACCUUCCUCCGAUAAUGACGAGAUCGACUCCUUGCCUUCAAUAUCGAGCAGCGUGCUAGACUCUGAGGAUGAAUCGGACGCCCAGGAGGAAUGGGAGCGUAGUCUGGAGCAGGUUCAGCUCCUCUUAACCAUGGUCAUUGUACCCUUUGCCGGCAAAUACUUUGGUCGCAAGUUUGCAUACUGGAGUUGGUCACGAUACAUGGAAUGGAUGCACAACGUCGAGGUGCGGUGGACGAACAAGGGCGCCUUCAAGGCCGCCGGCGUGGCUGAGGCAGCGGCAACAUUAUAAGAAAGCGCAUUUGGGGCCCAUGGGCUCUUGGAAAAACGAAGGACUUUGGGCAUUCUACUACCAAGCCCAUAACAUCCUACAUGGUGUUCGGCGUGUAUACAUGGUUGGCGUUGAGGGCAAGCCGUCAUAGAAGACUAUGCGGCACAUUAUGAGGCG